AUGGAAGUUAGCGUAGUAACUGAGGCUGGCCAGACGACUGCUCUGCUAAUUCCCAAUUUCUUUGCGACUUUUAUGGCCCAUCCCAUGCAAUCAUCAACAAUAAUACAGGACACUUUAUUGCUGUCUUCUUUGUUAAUUGUCUCUAUAAGUUCUUCCAGAUUGCCAGGCAUAGUUUGUAAUAUUGAUAGGGUCAAUUUACAAAGUUUGAAGUUGCUUGGCGUGCAGGAAAUUGGGAUUUCUCUCUACUGUCCAUGGACACUAAUUCUCCUAAGCCAAGUCAACGGAUCAGAAAUAGCCAUUUCAACCAAAGGCUACACAGGUAAAGGACGGACUGUAUAUGACAUCUCAUUUUCCAGAUUGCAGUUCUCUUUGAAAGAGGGGCAUGAAAAUGAAGUGAAAAGUGUGUCAUGGAAUGCAUCUGGUUCUCUCUUUGCAACUUGUAGUCGAGACAAAUGUGUUUGGAUUUGGGAAGUUUUACCAGGAAAUGAAUAUCAUUGGGUCUCUGUUCUUCAAGGUCAUACACAAGAUGUUAAAAUGGUUCACUGGCAUCCAACUGUUGAUGUUUUAUUCUCUUGUAGCUGUGAUAACACCAUUAAGGUUUGGGCAAAUGAUGGUGAUAGUGAUGCUUGGUGUUGUGUGCAGCCUUUAGGCGAAUCAAAUAGUGGACACUCAUUUACAGUAUGGGGGUUAUCUUUUAAUAGCACUGGAGAUAAAAUAGUUACAUGCAGUGAUGAUCUUACCAUUAAGGUGUGGGAUGUGGAUAUCAUGAAGCGAAAGGUCAAUUCAGUUUAUGGUUGA